CGCCCCCCGCCCGCGGGCUCCCGAGCCUCAGUCGGCGCCGAGCAUCCCGCUGCCCCGGACCCUCCCGCGGGCGCGCACCGGGCUCAACUCAGGCUCAGGACUGCAGGCGGGCAUCUCCACUGCCCAGGAGUCAUUUAUUGCGGACAGGACAGCCUCGAAAAACUGGCCAUCCCAGAGGAGUUCUACCCCGGCAUGGGCCUUGCCAUUGAGGCAGCUCUGCUGUCUGCGCUGGUCUGAGGUGCUGCCCGUCAUGGGGGCAGCCAUCUCUCAGGGGGCCCUCAUCGCCAUUGUCUGCAACGGCCUGGUAGGCUUCUUACUGCUGCUGCUUUGGGUCAUUCUCUGCUGGGCCUGCCACUCUCGCUCUGCCAACGUUGAUUCUCUCUCGGAAUCCAGUCCCAACUCCAGCCCCGGCCCCUGUCCUGAGAAGGCGCCACCACCCCAGAAGCCUAGCCAUGAAGGCAGCUACCUGCUGCAGCCCUGAAGGUCUCUGGCCUUGGAACCUAGGACCUGAGUCUACCCCAUUCCGAACCUGGAGUUAGGAUCCCAGAAUUCAGCCAGCCUGGGGUCCAGGACUCAAAAGUCCAGCCUGUUUGGAACUGGACACAUCAGCAGUCCAGAGUCUAGCCUGCCUGGCUCCAAGAGAGGCCUCGAUAGCCCCGAGAGACAGGCCUGGGGUGGGGAGUUCAGGAGUUGGUGCUCGAAGGGCCAGGGUCAUCUGGAUUCUACUCCAUCCCAAGGGCCAAGGGAUUGAGUUGACCCUUUCCCUAGGCUCAGCACCUCUGGGCCCUCUAGGUUGGGGAAGCAACCCAUGGCAAUAAUGGGAGGGUGUCCAGGCUGGGUCCCUCUCCCGCUCCUCCCACUGUUUGCUGGAUAAUAAAUGGAACUAUGGCUCUA